CCCGCAGCUGGUAGUUGGAAGAGCGCCGAAGCGAGCAGGAGCGAACGGCCAGUAGAACUCAGACAUUUCUUCCUCCAUGUGAGAUAAACUGAGCCGUCCACCUCGCAGGCAACAGAAAAUAUGCUGUUCGGGCGCCCGAUGUGUUCCGCGAGCGAAUUUUGAGUCUUCACCGUGAGCCUGCUCUCAUUUUGGAGGAUUCCUCCCUCCAUCCUCCGGAUCGCAGCAAACAGGCAAUGACAACGGUCUCAGCAACCCCGCAGCAGAUGAAGGACCGGCUGCUGCAGGCCAUUGACAGUCAGAGCAAUAUAUGCGAUAUGGCGGUUGUGUUGGAAGUAAUCACUUGUCUUGAGAAGUACCCAAUUACCAAAGAAGCACUUGAGGAAACUCGACUUGGGAAAUUGAUUAACGAUGUGAGGAAAAAGGCCAGGGAUGAAGACCUUGCUAAGCGAGCCAAGAAACUGUUACGGAAUUGGCAAAAACUGAUUGAACCCGGGCCGGCGGGAGCUACGAGCCUCCCCGGAUCGACCAACGGCAGCUCCCAUCCCUGCAGGACUGAUUCCUCCCCGGCGGACCUUUCCGUGUCGGGGAAAGGCGUCCCUGAAGUUAAAACUAGAAACGAUGUCCACAACACGUACUCGCCCAAGGCCGAGAAAUCAAGCAGCCGCAAACGGCGGGCAGAGCAGAGAGACAGUGGGGUGUUCUUACCCGAAAAGAUCUCCAGGAUGGCGUCGUAUGAAAACUCUGUUUCCCCGCCCACCAAUGGGAUCGCAGCCAGCCCAGACGCCCUGCCCGACCAGGAGGUUGUCCCGUCUCCCGAUAGAUCCCGAUUGGACCACCUUGAAAACGACAAAGUCAACAAGAUUCCAAUAAACGCCGUCAAGCCUCGCCCCAGCUCUCCUGGAGCGGCCAAACCGCUCAGCUCUUCUUCUCUGAUCAAAGUCGCUGUGAUGCAGCAGGCUAGAUUGGACGAAGGGGGCGGUGGUUACCAAGCCAGAAGUCCUCGCAGCGUGGCGUCCAGUCCGAGGAGCGGAAAGCAGGACUCUGUGUCCAAGCGCUCGUCGGCAUUUGCAGCUAAAGGAACACCCAUCCCAAGCCCGUCUUCUAGAGACUCUCCCUUGCCUUUCUCUCAGUCGGUGUCCUCCCCGGGCCAAACAUCGUACGCUUCUCAUUGCCCGUCCCAGGACAUUUCCGAAUCCCUGUCGGUUCCCCCUUCCCCGCUCAUUCCUCAGCAAAACUCCGAACUACACAGAUCAAUGUUUGAGGCUGCGCCCGACAACACGGACGGGGGGGCGGUGCUGAACUCUGAGCAUAAAAGGAAAAAGUAUAGGCCUAGAGACUUUUCUGUGAACUUGGACGGCCAAAAAGUAGAGGACACAACUAAACCCGUGAGGUUAAAAGAGCGCAGAAUAACGUUCGACCCGGUCACAGGCCAGAUCAAACCCUUGGUGCAUAAAGAACCCUCUCAAGCAGAGGACAUCCCCACUCCAGACCCCGCCGAGUCCAGGCAAAGAACCGAGAGCGUCGUCCCGCAGCCCACUGCCACAACCUCCACCCCGACGCCCGGCCCCGGCCCAAACCCUUUCCACCAGACGAACUGGAAGGAGCUGUCCAGGAACGAAAUCAUCCAGUCCUACUUGAACCUUCAGAGCAACGUGCUCACCUCCUCGGGGGUCCAGGCCCCUAGCGCACACUUUUUCAUGUCGGAGUACCUGAAAAGGGAAGAACAGGAGACCAAGGAGUCGAGGAAAAAGCACGUUUUGCAGACGGACAGCUUGACGGGGGAUUUGCCGGGGUUGAGUCGGGACGUGACGACCGAGGACUUGGACAGGAUACACACACAGAACUGGCCCGGGGUCAACGGUUGUUACGACACCAAAGGCGCCUGGUAUGAUUGGACAGAGUGCAUAUCACUGGACCCUCACGGGGACGAAAGCAAAUUGAACAUCCUGCCAUACGUUUGCCUCGACUGAGAGGUUUGGGAAGGCUGCUGUUUCUUUUUCCUCUCCUUUCUUUGUCUCAACAAAGAGACCUGAUAGUUUGAUUUUUUUUUUCUUUAUUCUUAUUAUUAUUUUGGUUUUGUUUGUCCACUGUGAGUUUGGCGAGAACCAGGCCGACUAAACUUCCCCCCCUCCCUCCCAAUCGGCUCUUUCUGUGAAAAUCUCUUGAGACUUUGGUAUUAAAAGCAUAAUGGUUGAAAGAAGAGUUCGGUUUGAUAUCAAGGGCUGUUUUGUUUUUGUUUUAAACCGAAAGUUUUUCACACCAAGAGAGGGCAGGAUCAUUUCUCCCCCAACCUGAAGGGUGACGGUCAGGCUGGUACUGAGAUAAUGAUGCUGUUUUCAUUUUCUCCUCGUUUCCUGAAGAUACGAUGCAGGAUCCAUGGGAGGGGGGGGGUUAAAUGAAGAGGGAAGGUUUGGCUCUGGCUCUUCUGUCCAGAUGAACCCGCUGAUAGAGUUGACUUAGCACAGUCCGAGCUGAACGUGUCCAGAUGAUCCAAUACUGGAACAUAUUUAGCAGUUACAAGAGGCUUUAUGUGAAAUAUUAAAAAAGUAAAUUAUAAGAUUUCUUAUGUAUACAUCUAUUUAUUUUUGAACAUUUAUGGGAUGUCCUAAAAAAACAAACAUUUUUUUUUUGUUUAAAUUACAGCAUCUUCAUCACAGAUCCCAGACAUUUGUGUUUUUUGUUUUGAGAUUGGCUGAAUAUUUCCGGUUUAUUAACAUUCCAAGUACCGUUCACCGACUUUAACUCCAUACCAUCCAUUGUUAAAUGGUUCCAAAAGUGCAAAUUUCUCAUUGAAAGUAAGGUCAGUCCAUUAGCAUGCUACCAGGUAGGAUGUCGGAUACCAGAGUCAAAAGGGAAGGCUUUAUUUAAACGUUAAAACGCAUUUAUUGCUUUGGAAGAUAUUGUUUGCCUUCCUGUCUCAAUAUGUUUCCUGAGUGAGAAGAACCUAAGUGAAUGAUUCUGAAUCAUGUGACCAAAGGUCAUUUAGAUAUCUGGAUGUAGGGUUUUCUUUCUUUUCUUCUUCCUUAGUGAGUUCAAACAUCCAUCAGGAUUGGAGAGUCCAGUUUUUCCCAUCCGACAAGCAACAGUGUUUCAUUAGAGUUUAAACGCACCAAAUGAUUUCAAUCAGGAUAGGCCUCUGUUCAACCCCUGUUCAUUCAUCCUUUUGGUUUUUUUCCCUCCUACCGAUGUGCCUUGGUAAACGGUAAAUCUGGAGUUCCUUCCGCGUUAAACAUGCCUGUCUGUAGGUCAAUGUGCGGGAAAGUCCCCCGAAAACCCACUAAGGAUACGACCCUGGUUUAUAUAUGCACCGAUUUCUGUUACGUUUGUACACAGCGAUCCGGGGGGGGCGAGCUGAAGCGGCAGGCGACGGUAAACUGCACAACAAACGCAGCUGGCAAUAAAGGACAAAUGCUACCACAGCUUAAGGAAUCUGUUUCUCUGGAGUUUUGACUGGGGCGUCUUUAGUUGUUCAGUGUUUAACAUCUCUAAAUUGUUUGAAAAAUAAAUGAUCUAAAUC